AUGUAUUUUUUGUUUUACUUUAGGAUGUUAAAACAAAUUAUAUCACGAACAUGCCGAUAUGCAAAACCAGGAAUACUUUGGUUAGCAGGAAAAUCUGUACCUGACUGCAAAAGUUUAGCACCUCGAUUAUUAGUGAAUUUGAGCAGCGCUCCUCUAUCUAAAAAUUCAUAUUCAACAAGUACAAACUGGACUGAUGACCAAUUUAAUGAUGUGAUAAAUAAAAAUAAAAUAGUUGUGUUUAUGAAGGGAACACCUGAUGCUCCACAGUGUGGCUUUAGUAAGUACGUUAUUCAAAUUUUAUCAAUGCAUGGAUGUGAGGAUUUUGACACUUUUAAUGUCCUCGACGAUGAUGUGUUGAGAAGCCGUGUAAAAGAAUUCUCGAAUUGGCCAACAAUACCUCAAAUUUACAUCAAUGGAGAAUUUAUUGGUGGGUUUGAUAUUUUACUUCAAAUGCACCAAGGUGGAGAUUUGAUUGAAGAACUUGAAAAGAUUGGACACCGUUCCGCAUUGAUUGAUGCUGACAGUACUGAUGAAAAAUAAUUAUUCUGAAAUACCAUGUUUAUGUAAAAUGAAAAUGUUUUUAAAAUGACUAAGGUACAUCAUUC